CUGAGCUCUUAGACACCAGGAUCACCAGGCAUGCUGUCCUUCCUUCUCACCACCGCGGCCGCGGUCACCGCCUUUAACGCGCCCGUCGCGGCGCCGAGCAGCAGCUUCGCGCAGCCGCGUGUCGCAGCCUCGCCUGUGAUGGGUGCCACCAUCCGCGAGCUGCGCGACCGCGUGGGCUCGGUCAAAAACACGAAGAAAAUCACGUCUGCUAUGCGCCUCGUCGCCGCCGCCAAGGUGCGCCGCGCGCAGGAGGCUUGCCUGCGCUCGCGCCCCUUCUCGGAGACGCUGGAGCGCAUCCUCGGCGGCCUCCUCCAGCGCCUCUCAACCGAGGCGCUGGACAUCCCGCUGCUGCAGCAGCGCGAGGCGAAAAAGGUGGGCCUGUUGGUCAUCACCGGGGACCGCGGCCUGUGCGGCUCCUACAAUUCUGCCGCCAUCAAGAAGACCGAGGGCCGCAUCGCUGAGCUGAAGGCGCAGGGCGUUGAGGCCGAGCUCAUCACUGUGGGCAACAAGGGCUCGACCUACUUCAAGCGCCGCUCGGACCCGUCCUCGCCCCAGUACGCCGCGCCGCUGCGCAAGGCAGUGCCGUGCGGCCAGGCCCCGACCGCCGAGAUGGCGACGGAGCUCGCCUCCGAGCUGCUCUCCUCGUACUAUGCCGGCGAGCUCGACCGCGUCGAGCUCAUCUACACCUCCUUCGUCUCUAUGAUCUCCUCCAUCCCGUCGGUCCGCACGAUGAUCCCGCUCACGCCGCAGGGCAUCGAGACCGAGGGCGACGAGAUCUUCAAGAUGACCACCAAGGAUGGCGAUUUCGCCAUCGAGAAGGAGAAGGUGGACAAGGCGGAGCCGCAGCAGUUUGCCGCCGACAUGAUCUUCGAGCAGGAGCCGUCGCAGCUGCUCAACGCCAUCCUGCCGCUCUACCUCAACGGCCAGAUCCUGCGCACGCUGCAGGAGUCGGUCGCGUCGGAGCUCGCGUCGCGCAUGACCGCGAUGCAGUCGGCUACGGACAACGCCAAGGAGCUGCAAAAGACGCUCGAGCUCCAGAUGAACCGCGCGCGCCAGGCCAAGAUCACCCAGGAGCUGAUGGAGAUCAUCGCGGGCGCGGACUCGGUUUAGAGGGCUGUGGGAGCAAAAGGGGGGAUGGGGGGCGUGGCGAGGUCGCUUGCCAGUCGUAGCUCUGGGAGCGACUGACGAUUCUCACAUUGAACUCGAGCGAACUGUCGAUGCUGCGAGCCGCCCGCCGCGCGCGUGAUCUGGGGGGCGGGGGGGGGUGUGCACGGGAUGGGGGUUGGGGAGAGAGUCGUCGCGGCGGAGGGGCGGCAGGACACUUUCGCGCGAAAAAUACGUUCGUCCCGUUGAA